GCAGUGGACGGCCCAAGUCUCACUCUCGUUGCUCCGUCGCCGUUCUCCUUCUCGUCUGCUCGUCGCCGGCUCGUUGCCACCGUCGCUGUCUUGCCUCUAUUUCUUCAAGGUUUGGUUACAAAGGGUGCAUUGAAUUCGGGACACAAGGCCUGAAAUUGGAUCAACUUUUGAUAUGUUGCGAUAUGGUAGGUUUUGACAUUAUCUUCAACAUGGUCUAAGACAAAUAUCACACCCAUAAGUUGGUGUUGGCUGCCAGAUCCCCCGUCCUUCAGUCUGGAUUAUAUAAACAAGAAGGAGGUGACCAUGGGAGGUCAUCAUUGAUAUGAAGCUAAGUUCUUUAAGUAACUUCCAGUUGAGGAUUCACCUAAGAAAUGGGAGAAGUGAACUUUAUGCAGGAGGAUGAUAUACAUUUAGAGACUACAAGGGCCAGAUUUUCAAGCGUCCUCAAAAGGCAUGCGGAACUAACUGAGCGCCUUUCAAGGGACUCCGAUAAAAUGAUUUUUGAGCGUCUACAAAGGGAAUUUGAAGCUGCACGUGCUUCCCAAACUCAAGAAGUUUGCUUAGAUAGGGAACAGUGGAAUGAUGGGUUAUUGGCAACAAUAAGAGAACGGGUUCAUAUGGAGGCUGAAAGAAAGGCGAUGCAGUCACCUCUGGAUGCAAGCAUGCUGCCAAUCACUCUGUUUCAUGACAAGAUUACAUAUAAAGUUGGAACCAAGGUGAUAUGUUGUUUGGAAGGAGCACGCAUUGGCAUACAGUAUGAGACAUCUUUUGCUGGCGAGCCACGUGAGCAGUAUCAUUGUGUUCUUGAAAGCAAGUCAUUUCUCGAGAAGAUGACUGUCCUUGAACACACCGUCCCAUUUUUUUUGCCUAUACGUGAAGCAGAGAAUGAUCUUUUAUCUUCAAAUGCAAUGAAAUUCAUAGAUCACAUUGGAGACCUAUUGCAAGCAUACGUUGAUAGACGGGAACAGGUUCGACUCAUAAAGGACUUGUAUGGUAACCAGAUUGGAGAACUUUAUCACAGCCUUCCCUAUCAUAUGAUUGAAUUCAUCGUAGAUGAUUUUGAUUGCAAGGUAACAGUCAGUCUUAGGUAUGCGGAUCUCUUGUCUAUACUUCCAACUGGUAUCAGCGUUGUGGCGUGGCCCAUGAACCAAUCAAAAAAGUCCCCAUCUGGGGGCAGAAAAGGGAAUGUAGCAUUUGGAAGCAACACUAGUCCUAUGCGUUUAUCCUACGCAGAAGAUGCAUUACGCACCCUUAGUUUGCCAGAAGCAUAUGCGGAGAUCGUGUUGAAUCUUCCAGAGGCUCUCGAACAAAAUGUUCAACCGAAGGACCCUGGUUUGGCUUCUGCCUGAAAAAUGAAGUUGGAAGUGUACAACAAACAACAUAUAGAGUAACUACUCUUAACAUUUUCAACAGAUGUAGAUGUUCUGUAAAUGGAGGAGUAGGUUAUGAGCAAUUGGUGCAUUUAUUAGAUUCUGUAUUGAAUUGGGAUAUGCUAUUUGUACAGUUCAGUUUAUGAAUGUAGUUGUAGCUAGAGAUGGGCAUCCUUAACUGGCUCAAGGGACCAGUUAUGGCUGAAACAAGAUACAGGGUCGGUUAGCCUCAACCGGUUAUGGUUCUUCAUUUUUUAGCAUUUGGUUAUCAACGGUCUAUCAGUGCUACCUUAUUUAAGUUACAGGGGUUGAAUCUAGAUUCUCUUUAGAGUUUUUGGUG